AAAAUACAUUUGCUUCAGUAGAGGUCUUCGUAUUCGAGGAGAGAGAGAGAUAGAGAGAGAUAGAGAGAGGAGGGGUUGUUGGUAUAUUUGGCUUUGGCUUUUAGGAUCCUUUCUCGAUUUGCCUUCUUCUUCUUCUUCUGCUUCUGCUUCUGCUUCUGCUUCUGUUUGCAUCAGACCCCAUCUUUCCCUCUUCGUCAACGUCUGCGUUCUUCAGCCCCAGAUUCUGCUCAGUUCUUUUGAUCUCCAAUUUUUAAUCCAUCGCACUCAUGGCCACCACUGGGAAUAAGAACAUCAAUGCCAAAUUGGUGCUUCUUGGGGAUGUUGGAGCUGGGAAAUCAAGUCUGGUGUUGCGCUUUGUAAAAGGACAAUUUGUUGAAUUUCAGGAAUCAACAAUAGGUGCUGCCUUCUUCUCACAAACAUUGGCUGUAAAUGACACAACUGUAAAAUUUGAGAUUUGGGAUACAGCAGGUCAAGAGAGGUACCAUAGUUUGGCGCCAAUGUAUUACAGAGGAGCUGCUGCUGCAAUUAUCGUGUAUGAUUUAACAAAUCAAGCUUCAUUUGAGCGAGCAAAAAAAUGGGUUCUCGAACUCAAGUCACAAGGUAACCCAAACAUGGUUAUGGCACUAGCUGGUAAUAAAGCGGAUCUGGUAGAGGCCAGGAAAGUGGCAGCAGAGGAUGCACAAUCAUAUGCUCAAGAGAAUGGCCUUUUCUUCCUGGAAACCUCUGCAAAAACUGCAGACAAUGUCAAUGACAUUUUCUAUGAGAUAGCAAAGAGAUUACCUCGAGUGCAGCCUGUGCAGAACCCUGCAGGAAUGGUUCUCAUGGACAGACCUUCUGAAAGGGUGGCAAGCUCGUCCUGUUGCUCAUAGAGCUUCUGUGGUGCUUUCAGUCGCUGCCGGCUUGGUAUUUCCAUAAUAGUUUGCGUAACUGACAGUGGAAAAUGAUGAAUCAGCUACUGAGUUACCCAUGUAUGUGUACAUUUAUUCAGAUUUGUAUAUGGAUGUUUUUGUUUAGUUACCUUGAACAAAGUGUGAGAAGCAUAUGGAGAUUGGUCUUUUCAUGUAAUGAAAUGGUUACUCUCAGUUUGAAAAUACUCGGGUUUGGUAGCCAAUAAUAAGAAUUCCGAUUCCUUAAAA